UUUCUAAAGUCUAAAAUAAAAAUCUUACUGUUACACCAAUUGCAUUACCCUUCUGCUCAAGUCUUUAUUUUUAAGAAACAUAGUAUUCCAAGUCUACUCAACCACCUAGAAUUCAAAACUGUCACAGCCACAAAGCUUUCCGGACGAUCACCAUUCCUCAAGCACUAUAAAGGCCACCUGAAAAGACUGGUUGCACGCAUCUCCAUUGCUCCAAGGUCGAAGUAAGGGUAAGCCUCAGAUGCCAGGAUCGGUGGAAGGGUCGCCUUCGCGCGGCCAUGUAAAGCCAGUCGAUGGAGAUGCAUUGGAUCGCCAAGAGCAAGGCGUGCCUUCGGAGGAGGACUACGACACAGAGAGGGUUGAACAAGUGUACAGAAAACUUGACUUUCGAAUCAUCUCAGCUUUCUGGAUUCUUUACUUUCUCUGCUCCGCAAUUAGAUCCAACAUUGGCAUCGCCCAGACUAUGAACAAGUCCGUGGGUCAUGAUCUGAUGACGGUCUUGAACCUGACCCCGAGAGACACCUCAACGGCACUCUCAUUGUUCUACGUGGCCUAUGUCAUUUUCGAUUGUCCAUCAAACCUAGUCAUGAGUAAACUGAGCCCACGAGUCUGGAUGGCCCGCAUAGUGUUUGCCGUCGGUGUCAUUGGGACCUGUUUUGCCGCCGUGCAAGACGCAUGGAGUGUCAAGCUUUUACGCUUCCUCUUGGGCGUGGUAAUCGCCGGUAUGUGGCCCGGCAUGGCCUACUACCUCACGCUGUUUUACCCACCCUCGAGGACCGGUAAGCGAAUUGGCCAGUAUUUUACCGCAGCUCAGGUUUCAGCUGCCGUUGUCGGUCUUGUGUCUGCUGGUUUCCAACAGAUGGACGGCCUUGGGGGUCUUGUAGGAUUCCGAUGGAUGUUCCUCAUCUACGGCCUCACCGCUGUGGUCUUGGGAUUCGUGCUUUUGUGGUGGCUACCAGAACGACCACUGCCCCCUGGACAGAAACGUGUCCGGAGCCGUUGGAGCAAAUGGCUGCCGGCUACCCCCGAAGCACUCACGGGCGAAGAUGCCAUUGUUCAUUACAAGGAGCUGAGAAGGGUCUAUCACCCUAGGUCGUGGACGUUGAGGGAUCUAGGCCUGGUUCUCAUCGACUGGCGCUUGUGGCCCCUGACGUUUAUGUACUUUGGGGUUGUGGGGGUCGGCAUCGGUACUCAGCUCUACGGCACAGUCAUUAUUUCGUCCAUAAACUCCGAGUUUACCGGUGUGCAGCUCAGUCUUCUGUUUGCACCCAUCUGGAUUAUGGAUCUGAUUGCCAUUCUGCUCGUCACUCCAAUCUCUGACCGGUUCCAUCGCCACCGGGCCGAGUUCUUCUCUGCUGCAACAUCGAUACAAAUCGCCGGUCUUCUGACCGUCACGUUCGCCCCUCGGACCAACCCUUGGGCGCGCUAUGGAGGUCUUCUCCUCGUCGGCUUUGGCCUUGGCCCAACGGUCCCCAUCUGCAUGACUUGGACCAACGAGAUCUUUCAACGUCGCCAUGGCGAGGUGGGCGUCGCAGCCGCCUCAGCCCUGGUCUCGGGGCUUGGGAACCUGGGUAGCAUCGUGACCACAUAUGCCCUGUACACUGGGUGGCCCGAGGAUGCCGCGUCGGGUCCCCUGCAGUACCGCAAGAGCAAUCUGGUUAUGAUUGCGAUCCUCGUCGUUAGUAUCGUCAGCAGCUUUGCGAACAAGGCUCUGCUGAGAAUCUUUGGAAAUCAGCCUUCCCGGAAGCUCAUGGCCGACGAGGCUUCAACCUCCGGGGAUGAUGGCAGCUUCCAGGACGGAGCUGCUCGCCGUGAGGCUCAGCAACGCGGCUUCGGUCGGCUUUGGGGAAACAAACGUUCCUAGCCUGCCUAUUCAAGUCGUAUGAGAUUGCUGCUCCAUUUUCAGUCUGGUCCAAGGCUAGAAUGCUCCUGAGAAGCAGCUAAGAGGGUGUGACCGAGAUGCGACGAGAGUAGCUCAGAGGGUGUGUUCAACAACAAAUAUUCCGGAAGAAAACGCGACAUACUCGACAAGCCAUUAAUCAUCUUUUCUCUCCGGGACCAAGACCGGAAACAGCUCAACCUGGUUUCGGCAACCGUUUCAUCAUUUCUAUUUCCUCUCUUAUUUUCCCACAUCUUUUUUAUGUCUUUGGCUUUAUGAUACCCCAUCCGUGUUUGGAUACGCUGUCUUCCGAAGGUCUUUGCCCUCUCGGCAGCGAUAGUGCUCUGUACGCCAUCGUUGCAGACGGCGUGUUGAACCGAGACCGGAUCAUGCGGCGACAAUGCUUUCUACGCUAUCGUCGGCGGUUUCGUGGGAACACCUCUUCUUUCGAUCUAUUUUUGGACGAGAGCAAGGGCCGUUUUUUUUUCUUCUUCUUCUUUCUGCAACAAUUUUUACAAGAGAAGUGAGGGUGUCUGUUUUGUAAUCACUAGUCGAUCCUUUUUGCAAUUCUAUGACCCCCUGAUUCUUGCACAAGGAUUUCUUGGUCAAGUAAUUAAGCCCGCGACUUCUUAAGUUCGUCAUAGCUGUGG